GGGGGAGAGAAGCGAGGCGAGGCGCGGCGAGGGGAGGGCUAGGAGUGAGCUAGCUGUCUGUCUUUGGAGGAGCCGAGGGGAGCGAGGCAGACCCAGACGAAGCCUCGCGGCGGCAGCAGCAGCAACAGGCUGCGGACUCGGCGGUGGCUCUGAGCCGGCGGGCGGAGGGUGGGCGCGGCGGGCAAGGGGAGGCGGUGAAGGGGCAGCCGCCUCCGCAGCCGCCGCCGCCUUAUGGACGAGCAUCUCAGCCUCCUGCACUCGCCUCCGCCGCCCUCCGCCCGCCACCGCGCCCACCCCUCGGCGCAGCCCCAGCCCCAGCCCCAGUCGGGCGGCGGCGGCGGCGGCGGCGCCCACACCCUGGUCAACCCCGGCUACAUCGAGGCCGCUGCGGGGGCCGCCGCUGGCCCCGAGCUGCAGCCCGGCAUGACCGUGGUGCCCGGGGACCACCUGCUGGAGCCCGAGGCGAGCGGCCCGCAGCCAGGGGGCUGCGGAGGCGGCUGUGACCGUGACCGCUACGAGCCGCUCCCGCCCGGGGGACCCCCAGCCGGGGCGGUCGCGGGAGCAGAGCAAGACUGCUGCGGGGAGCGGGUGGUGAUUAACAUCUCAGGGCUGCGCUUCGAGACGCAACUGAAGACCCUGUGCCAGUUCCCCGAGACGCUGCUGGGAGACCCCAAGAGACGUAUGAGGUACUUCGACCCGCUCCGCAAUGAGUACUUCUUCGAUCGCAACCGGCCCAGUUUCGACGCCAUCCUCUACUACUACCAGUCUGGGGGCCGCAUCCGCCGGCCAGUCAACGUGCCCAUCGACAUCUUCUCUGAGGAGAUCCGCUUCUACCAGCUUGGCGAGGAGGCCAUGGAGAAGUUCCGAGAGGAUGAGGGCUUCCUCCGAGAGGAGGAGCGGCCCCUGCCCCGCCGCGACUUCCAGCGCCAGGUGUGGCUACUCUUCGAGUACCCCGAGAGCUCGGGGCCCGCACGGGGCAUCGCCAUAGUGUCUGUACUGGUCAUUCUCAUCUCCAUUGUCAUCUUCUGUCUGGAAACGCUACCCGAGUUCCGCGAUGAGAAGGACUACCCCGCGCCCUUGUCCCCGGAGACGCUGGAAGCUGCCAACAAUGGCACGUCGGGCUCCCAGGCCGGUGUCUCCAGCUUCUCGGAUCCUUUCUUUGUGGUGGAGACCCUGUGCAUUAUCUGGUUCUCCUUUGAGCUGUUGGUGCGUUUCUUCGCUUGCCCCAGUAAGGCCACCUUCUCCCGCAACAUCAUGAACCUGAUCGACAUCGUGGCCAUCAUCCCCUACUUCAUCACCCUGGGCACCGAGCUGGCCGAGAGGCAGGGCAACGGACAGCAGGCCAUGUCCCUAGCCAUCCUGAGGGUCAUCCGGCUGGUGCGGGUCUUCCGAAUAUUCAAACUCUCCCGCCACUCCAAGGGGCUGCAGAUCCUGGGGCAGACCCUCAAGGCCUCCAUGAGGGAGCUAGGGCUCCUCAUCUUCUUCCUCUUCAUCGGGGUCAUCCUUUUCUCCAGCGCUGUCUACUUCGCGGAGGCAGACGACCCUUCUUCUGGGUUCAGCAGUAUUCCCGAUGCCUUCUGGUGGGCAGUGGUGACCAUGACCACUGUAGGUUAUGGGGAUAUGCACCCGGUGACCAUCGGGGGCAAGAUUGUGGGAUCGCUGUGUGCCAUCGCUGGUGUCCUGACAAUUGCCUUGCCGGUGCCAGUGAUUGUUUCCAAUUUCAACUACUUCUAUCAUCGAGAGACAGAGGGUGAAGAGCAAGCCCAGUAUAUGCACGUGGGGAGCUGCCAGCAUCUCUCCUCUUCAGUUGAAGAGCUAAGGAAAGCUCGGAGUAAUUCGACUCUGAGUAAGUCGGAAUACAUGGUGAUCGAGGAGGCGGGUAUGAACCAUAGCACCUUUCCCCCAGCCCCCUUCAAAACGGGCAACUCCACGGCCACCUGCACCACGAACAAUAAUCCCAACUCGUGUGUCAACAUCAAAAAGAUCUUCACCGAUGUUUAAUACAUGAUACAAGUGACAUGCUAUGCUUAGUAUUGUGUGGAACGUGCCCCAUUGGUCUGUGUAUGCCCUCGUUUUUUAUACAUUUCCAGACCAUUCAUCCAGAGAAGAAUAUGGAAAACACACUUCCUUCAUCUACCCCUCCCCUGUCCCAUGUUGCUUCGUGCCGAAACAGGUGUCUAUUGCAAAUGGGCUGCGUUUCCUCUGCUUCCCAUUUUCCCCCCCUUUUAAUCUUGCAAAUAGCGGAAGUGCUGUUUGUUGCUUUUAGUUUUGAUUUCUAAUUCUCUCUAAAACAAUGAAACGUGUAGGUGGGGAGGGGAAUUAAAAAGUGCUUUUAGGAUAACUGGUUUAACUACAUAAUUAAAGGCAGUUUUUUCUUUACCAGUCAGUGGGAGGACCUUCUAGCAUCGUUUAUUGUGCUUGUAGGUGAAUUGCCUAACCUAAGGGAUAGGUCAAUUAAAUUCUAAUUAGUGCAAUGAUUUGUAAAUCCAUUGUAAAUUUAUUCAGUUCCUAUCAGAACUCUCCUUUUGAAAUCCCGCUCCCAGAAUUACAUAUGAGUCUAAAAUUUCUGAAGAAAAUGCUUUCUUCGAUUCAAGAUUGAAUGAUUUGACUAACUGUAGUUUAACCCUGUGGACUGCUUAAGUAUUUCGAAAGCUUUAGGUUUAACAUUAAAUCAUUGUGAUGAAUUUCUGUGCAAACACCCCCCCCUUCGCCAAAAAAACCAUUCGUAGUCUAGAAACAGAGAUGUUUUCAGUGCUGCUGAGAGAAGCGAGAGAUUUUUUUCCCCCUUUAAUGCAUCUGAAAGAUAAGCUUCUGCAAUAUCACAAGAAGAUUAAAGUGACAGACACCCCUUCCAGCGGAAGUUACUAAUUCGGACCUGAGUGAUGCAGUUCCUAUAGCAACCGUCGUUUCCUGGGAAACCCGAAAAAGGUUGUCAUGGCAUCUUUCUCUAGCCCCACCCCCUGCUUCCCCUUGCUGUUUCCACGGUAACCUUUUCCAGAUGGUUCCUCCUUACAUGAUUUCACAGGAAAACCGCUGUUUGAGUAAACCGCACAAAGAAAGUUAAUCCUAGUUAAUCCGAGGUGUGGGAACUAGUGAUCAUCAAACUUUUGUGUGAAAAACACAAAAAUCACUGGAGUCAUCCUAAUAACCACUGAAUCAAGAAAGAAAAUUAUCAUCUUUGGAAUGUUAGCUGCAUAAGUCACCGCGAGACACGUCCUGAAUCAAAACACCUGUUAAUAGACAAUAACGUUAAAAGACACUGCCUCCAGUUUUCCCUCCUCAAGAAAUUUCUGGCAGUUUAUUGCUUCCGAUUCUGAUGCAAAUUAAAGAUUCAAUUAGUGCACCUUAAAAACUUAAAAUGACCUCCAGAGUUCUCUUAAAGAAAGAAAUUACUCAGACCCCAACAACAAUUAACAUUGCUGCACAACUGUGGAAGAGCUAGCUAAAACUUUAAAAUGCAAAACAUUCACGUUUUAAUGGGGAAAAAAUAAAGACAAUUGAUUAAGAGGAGGGACAGGAAGUAACCAAACCUUGGGGAAAAUACCUGCCUGUUUCAACUACAAGCCAGGGGUUGCCAGACAGCAGAUAGAAUCAGGUGAGCUUUGUGUUGUCUGUUAAGAACAGUAAGUUUGUACAGGGAAUCGGACAAACACUUCUCAUCCCCAGAUUGCAAUGUCAUUUGAAGAACAAAUAGUAUUUCACAAAUAUAUUUUUCCUUAGAACUCUGGUUAUCAUAAUGCUUCAUUUCCAUUGGUAUCAAAUGUACACUGGCACAUUACCUUUGACCUGAAUUCUCUAUUAUGAAAAGAGGAUUGAAAAUUACUCUUCAUAUACCAUUUAACUCAUGCUGUGUUGAAAUUACUCUUUCCAAAAACUUGCUAAUUAAUUCACAUAGUUUUAUAACAACCAAUCUCCUUUUGCAAAGAUAGGAGACAAUAAUCUUAUUUUGAUAUAAUUGGUCUAAUUUUUAUUUCCAGAGCAUUACAGUAAUAGAAAAUACUAGUACUGUCCAUGACACUGGAACUAGAGUGCUAAUUACAUUUAAGUCAUAAUAACAUUUCAUUUUUAAAAGGUAAAAAAGGAUCUUUUUUUCUCCAGAAGCUAAUUUAUUCUUUUAUGUAGUCUGAAAGCUAACCUUUUAAUACAGUAGUUGGUGUUAUUUAACCAGGAGGAUUAAAUGUCAUUUAUUUCUUUACAUUGAAGACAUUGACCAUUAAAGUGAAGAGAUUUUUUCCCCUCUUUUCAUACUGGAAAAUGACAUUCUAUCUUAAAAUUGUGAUUUUUUUAUCAUAGAAUAGUCUUUUUUUUGCUUUAUCACUAUAUUUUUCUAUUCAUAAAAUAUUUUCAGGGAGAAAGAAGUGUACCUUAUUCCACCAGUGGGAUGUUAUUUAAAAGGAUACAAUGGGAAUAUUGCUGGGGAGAGAAGCUUGUCAAGUGGGGUUGAUGCUAAGCAGUAUUGACAAUGGAGAUAAAAUGUAAUUUCAUUUGGCUUCUUCUAUGAACCUAUCCUUAGUGUCAGCAUUUCUUUAUGUCCUUCAAUGCAUCAGUAGAGUUCAGCUACUUAAAUGUUUCCUAGGCAACUCAACAGAAUGCCCCUUAUGCUGAUGUUUAACCUGUUAUCUAAAGUUAUUGCAUCUUGAAUGACUAGAUAUUUUCACAAUAACUCAUUUUUAGUAGUAAUUUGUUGGAAAUACUGUAGGAAUGACAGUGUUAGAAUUGUUUUUACAUACUAAAUAAAAGGCCUUAUAAAUAUAAAGAUAAAUAAA